AUGGGUACUUUUACUUUCAACUACUUUCUGAAAACCGCUUUUUGGGACAAGAAAGGAUACUGGGCGGCAUCAGUGGCCAUAAUAUAUUUCUCUCGUCGGUGGGAAGAAGCUGGCUACGAUAAAGUCGAAAUGAUGAAGGUUGGGAUUAGGAAAAAAUUUCAAUUCAGAGAAGGCGUCGAUCCUCUUUUUGAUAAAAGUCUUUUUGAAUCAAUUUCGACGGAUGACUGUCCACUUUUCACGCAGUAUAAUUCUAGAGUAUUAUGUUUUCACUGUUCAGUUUUUUGUUUGAACUAGAAGAAAACAUUCCUCAAAGCUUUCAAUAAGCAUAAAGUUUUUCAAUCCAUUUAAAGAUUACAUUCAACGUAUAUUAGAUAAUCAACGAUUUCCGAACAACAAUUUAGUAUAAAAAUUUUGUUUCUAGCGGACACUUUGGAUUAUAAAAGAUCGUAUUCAGGGCCACUCACGGAUGUACGCCGACCGUAUCAAGCAGAUUCCGUACCAUAACGAUGCGUGGAAAUAUUGA